AUGUGGAGGUCUGUUGUGACAGCAAGAGCUUCUCUUUCAACACAGGCGGCACAGAAGUUGUGUGCAACUCGAAACCAUAAGAUCUCAGAAAACCCUAAUGAUUCUGAUUCAGCUGAAGGACAACAGCUAUCAGUGGAGUUUGGUGAAAAUGGUGAUACACAGAGGGAAAAUCUUACCCCUGGGAAUGGGCCUGUUGGAGAGGAAAAGGGUGAUACUCAGAUGAACAUUUUUUCCCCUUCUGAUGUAGAGUUGGGGGAAGUGGAAGAGGUUUAUGAGAUUGAUUUGGAGCAGUUGGAGAGUUUAUUGUCUCUUCUUCAGAGCAGCGCUGAUGGGUGUCUUGAGUCUAGUUUUGAUGGUUUAAAUUUGAGUUUACAUCCAGAGUUUGUGAUUAAAGUAGUUGAAACCCCACUUGUUUUGGGUGAGAAUUUGAUUAGGUUUUUCAAGUGGGCGUUGAAGGAGAAACCCGAGUUUGGUGUCACUACGCAAAUACUGGAUGCACUUGUUCGAGCGACAUGUAGUGGCCUCGUUAGGAAGAGAGAUGUGUAUUCUUUGUGGGAUUUAGUUAAGGAGGUUGGUGAGAAGGAGAGCAGUGUGAUGCAUGUGCAAAUUCUCAAUGAAUUGAUAUCUUCAUUCUCAAAAUUGGGUAAAGGGAAAGCUGCUUUGGAGGUGUUCAACAAGUUUGGUGAUUUUGGAUGUGUCCCAAAUGCAGAUACAUAUUACUUUACAAUUGAAGCACUGUGCAGGCGUUCAAUUUUUGGUUGGGCUCAGUCUGUUUGUGAGAAGAUGCUUGAUGCGGGAAUCUUGCCUGAUGGUGAGAAAGUUGGUAGGAUCAUAUCCUGGUAUUGCAAGGGUAAAAAAGCUAAAGAUGCCCAUGUGGUUUAUUCCUCGGCAGCGAAUGUGAAGAAGCAGUACCUGCCUCCCGCUUCGGUUUAUUUUUUGAUCAGUUCACUCUGUAGGGAGGCUGAAACCGUUAAAUUAGCUCUAGAUAUGUUAGAUGAUUUUGCUGUUGAAGCACGGAAAUAUGCGAUUAAGCCCUUUUCAGCUGUUGUUCGAGGUUUGUGUAGGAUAAAGGAUGUUGAUGGGGCCAAAAAAUUGCUUCUUGAGAUGACAAUGAAGGGCCCAUCUCCAGGAAAUGCAGUUUUCAAUAUGGUAAUCAAUGGCUAUUGUAAGGCUGGGGAUAUGGGAGAAGCAAUUGAGAUGAUGAAUCUAAUGAAGAGUAGGGGUUUGAAACCAGAUGUGUAUACUUACACUGUUAUCACGAGUGGUUAUACAAAUGGAGGUCAGAUGGAGGAGGCUUGUAAAAUAUUAUCCGAAGCCAAAAACAAGCACCCCAAAUUGAGUCCUGUGACUUACCAUACACUCAUCCGUGGGUAUUGCAAACUGGAAGAGUUUGAUAAGGGUUUAAAGUUGUUGCGCGAGAUGAAAGAUUCUGGGGUCCAA